AUGGGUCGUUUGGUGUCGGGUCACAGACCACCGACCUUCGCGGGUGAAGAAGACCCGGUAGUUUUGGAGGAAUGGAUGAGAGUGUUCGAUAAGAUCUUCUCGGUGGUGGGUUGUCCUGAAGAGCGGAGGGUAGAGCUGGCAACGUUCUACUUCUGUCAUGAGGCGGAUCUGUGGUGGAUUCAUGAGGGUCUGGCCUAUCUUGAGGAGCCUGAGUUCGAUUGGUCUGCGCGUAAGGAUAGGAUGCGCGAGAGGUUUUAUCCGGCACACGUGCGAGCCGCGAUGUACGAGGAGUUCCUCCAUCUACAACAAGGAUCUCUGCCGAGUUCUUUGAAGGAUGCAUAUCUGAGUGCCGCGGAUCUGUAUCGUGUUCAGCAGCUUCAACGAGGGUCUUAUGAGCUUGCUAGAAAGAUGACCGAGAGUGGAAGCUCUUCCACCUUUCGCAGCUUCCAAGUUAAGAAUGCAUCAUCUCCAACCCAAAGACCCAACCGGAUGGAGCAAGGAAAUCAAGCCAAGGCGUUCCCUUGUCGUAGAUGUGGGAAGGUGCAUGUGGGACAAGUUUGUCAUAGCCAGGCGUUUAAGUGCUUUCGUUGCGGAGAAAGGGGUCAUAAGGUCGCCGAGUGCCGCCAGCAAGCCAAUCAGAGGGCGUUGCCACCACCCCCAGGAGCCGGAGGAGCCGCAGGUAGUAGCUCGAGCUGUGGAGCAGCCGGUGCCAGGCCAUCGGGGAGAGUCUUCGUGAUGGGGCGUUCGCAGGCGGAGACCGAGGGUUUAAUGGAGGAGGAGCUAGCAGUGUAA